AUGCAUCAGCAGCGUCGGCCACAGCUGCCGUACCACCCUGGUGAGAGCGACCUGCCCCCUCUGCUGGGCGGCGACGAUGACUCGCUCAUGGGGUCGGGUGACGAGCUCGACAGACAUGGCCUUGGCGGAGGGGAAGGGGGAGGCAUGGAUGACUUCGAUCCCGUCGGCCACCAUCGGCCAUCGGACAGCCCCUAUGACGGCGCCACGGGAUUCGGACCACCUGUGGGCCAGCCGGGGAUGGGCAAUAGCGCUCUGUCGCCCAUCGCGGAAGAUCCAUGUGGGCACAUCAUGACCCGUGGUGAGCGGGGCAGACAAUGGGCCCAUACCGGUUUGUGUUAUGACUACGUGUGUUCCGAUUUCUGCAGGUGAUUCCAAGAAGCGUCGUGUGGAGCAGAUGAGCCCGUCCCCGCCUUCGGACCAUUCACAAGCCCGCCCCAGCGUGUCCUUCUCAAUGAGCACGCUGCAGAACUCCAUCAUCAUAGCCGACCUGAAGAAGAAGAUGGAGCAGUGUGAGGAGCUGAGGGGCCGCUUCAACAAGCUCGAGGUGCAGCAGAACCAGCACUACCAGUCCAACAUCACUACCGUCGGCGCUUCGGGCACCUUCGGCCCUCCGCAUUUGAGUCAAUUUCUGGCUGGUCGUUCCUGGCUCGGCCCUGCGGGCUUCGCCUUCGCACCACACUAG